UGAUAUUAUGUCAUUUUGACGUGUGAAAAUUCGUAGUGAAAGUUUCCCAAAAAUGACGACGUAUUCUGCUAAGUAGGUGUUCCCUAUGGCUUCAUCAAGCAAUUCAACUGGGAAUUCGGAUGAGUUUGCAGAUGCGGAAGAAAUUCCAGUUCCGCCUGACAUGACCCUGGAAAAAGCAUUGGAAGAAGCACAACAAGCUAUCACUACUUUUUUAAUAAUCAGUUCAAUGAAGCAAAGAGUUUAAUGACCCCUUAUUCCAACGUGAGCAUGUACCACUCCCUGGGCCACUCAGUAUUCCUCUACCUCGAAGCGAUGCUCACCUUCGAGCAGCAGUCCAUCAUCAACGCGUCCAAGGCACUCAAACACUCCCUGGCCGUGUGCAACAGGUACAGAAAGAAGAACACCUUGGGAGAAUCUAUUGGAAAGAUGGUGAAAAAGACCAACUUCGACCAGUACACGGAAGAAGAGGCACAUGCCGAGUUGUGCCAUGCUGAGUGCUUGCUCCUCAAGUCUAUGUUGACCUUCAUGGAGGAUGAGACGUUGAGUAGUUUCAUCAAGGCUGGACUUAAGAUCAGAUCGUGUUAUAACUCGUAUAAGGAUUGUCAGCAAAUACUACUUAAAAGAAACUGGGAUAGAGAUUCAACGAAGGUGCACUUUGAAAGCGGAGUAAAAAUGGGCAUUGGAACUUUUAACCUCAUGAUAUCCAUGUUACCAUCCAGAGUAAUAAAGUUGUUAGAAUCAUUGGGUUUUCCGGAAAUAAGCAAAAGGGUCUUGAUGAUCUACUGGCCGGUUACCGUAUGGACGGCCUGAGACAAAUCCUGUGCCUGAUGACCCUGUUGGGCUAUAACCUCAUUGUUAUGCACGUGUUAAGCCACACAGAAGGCGAUCUGAAGAUAUGCGAGGAGAUCAUACAAAAACAGUUGAAUAAACACGUGAAUGGUGUUUGGUUUUUAUUUUUUAAAGGCAGGCUUGAACUGACGAAGGGGAAUUUGGACUUGAGUGAGGAAUUUUACAAGAGGUCGUGGAAGUCGCAGGAUCUUUGGCCGCAGUUCCAUCAUAUUUGUUACUGGGAACUUGUGUGGGUACAUUGCUUGAAAACGGAAUGGAAGGAAGCUUUACAAUAUUGUUCGCUAUUGUUGGAAAAGAGCAAGUGGUCCAAAUGCCUGUACAGUUACCAAAAGGCUGUGAUAAUGUGCAUGAUGAAAAAUGAGUUAACUCGCGAUCAGAAGCUUGAAAUCGAUAAUUUAAUGAGGGAAGUACCAAAAUGUAAACAACGAAUCGCCGGCAAAUCACUUCCCAUGGAAAAAUUCGCCGUGAAACGAGCCGAAAGAUACUUCAACCAGAAUCACAACUUAGUAAUCCCUGUGAUCGAACUGAUGUUCCUCUGGAACCUUUUCAAAGUGCUCAAGAACUUCAGCGUGGCUAGCGACAUAUACAAAGUGAUCGAAAAAGCUCUACGGGACCUGAAUGCUUCUACAAGGCCCACCAAAUAUGACGUUGAUAACAAAGCGCUAGCACUGUUGCUGCAAGGCGCUUGUCUGAGGCACAUGGGGAGUCCGCUGCAAGCGUUGGAGCGCUUGGAAACUGUCAUUUCCAUGCAGAAAGAUCUGGUUGAGGACCACUACCUCGUGCCUUACGCCAUCGUGGAACUGGCGUUAGUUGAGUGGCAAAAUGGGAAUAAGGAAAAGGCCAUUUUGGCUUUGGAGGAUGCAAAGUGAGUAUAAC